CUUUUUCUUUGUCUUUCCUUUAAAUAUAAACACCAUUUUUUUGUCACACAAAAAAUGCAACUAAAGAAAUUUUUUUUCUCACUUAUUAUGAAUUCUUGGAUUGUAAAAAUAUAUUCCCAAGGUAAUGCCUAUUAAUAAAAAUAAACAUAAGAACAGUUUAAAAAUCUUGUUUACGUGGGCUAUAAAAAUACAAAUGUAUAAAGAAAAUCUUCAAAAGCAAUGCAAAAAUACUUUAAUCUAUUUAAAAAAAUUCGAAUGCGCGACAGCCUUUAUAUUACGGGAUCAAGUGUUCGUAUACGACGUUAGCAUUGAAAGGAUGUAUUACAGGCACAACUGGUUUUCACUCCGAACAUUCACCGAUGUACCGCAGUCUGGUUCUUGCCGGCGCUAGUUUCAUUCCGCUGCCAUUUUGCCGGUUUAUCAUUGGAUAUUCUUACGCUUCUGGCAAAAUUGAACCUUAUCAGUUAAAUUGGUAUCAAACUCUCAAUGGUUAUUUUUUUCGUUACACAUUGCAGAAUACAACCGAGAUGUGAUUUGAUUUUAGUAUAACCGCAAAUAUUAAAAGAGUACGAUUGAUGUCAUAAGAAAAUGUCAAGUAAAAGUAAAGAAAGUUAACCAGAGAUCGAAUAAAAGCCAGUGAAACAACGUGUGGAAAAGCAACGUGGAAAUGUACAGAAGUGACAGAUCAACGGGUGCAACACGGCAUAUUGCCGAUGUGAGCAUGAUAUCAUUGAUUAUCAUUGUUAGGAUAUCUUUGUGACAUCUAUACAACAGCUGCAUUUGCAAAUGUACUAAUAACAUCAAUACAUUACGCAAAGUUACAACUCAGUUCUUGCUGAAUAAAACAUUAUUUGAUCACGUUAGCAGAAAGAAAUAGAUAGAAAAUAUGACAUGGAAUGUGUGUGGAAAUUAAAGACGCUAACACAAUGCUAAAACUAUUCGAGUUGUAAGAAAUUUAUGGAAUCUACAAUAAGACGACUCGCAUUUUCUAUUAACGUUCAAUUUUCUAUUAUUGAAAGAAUAAUUUUCUCGUAUGACAUGCAUUUGGAUAUUGAUGUUGGGCGGUGAAUAUACACGGAAAUGGCAGCAGUAUUAACAAGCUUGAUUGGCACGACUUCCGUUCUUGGACUUAGUUUGAUUCCACUUUUAGCUAUCGGACUUACCGUCUAUAGAUACAACAACCUCGAUCCAGAAUCACAUCCGCAAAAUGCACGCGAGCUAUUACGAAUGUAUGACUUCAUAGUAGUCGGAGGUGGCAGCGCGGGUGCCGUAGUGGCCUCGAGAUUGUCGGAAGUAACAAACUGGACGGUGUUACUCUUAGAAGCUGGCGAUGAUGAGAACGAGAUUUCAGAUAUUCCACUGCUUGCCGGAUACACUCAACUCACAGAUUUCGAUUGGAAAUAUAAAACUUCACCACCCAGUACGUCUGCUUAUUGCCUCGCUAUGAUAGGCGACAAGUGUAAUUGGCCACGCGGUCGCGUUCUUGGAGGAAGUAGUGUCCUCAACGCAAUGAUUUAUGUUCGUGGUAAUAGGCACGAUUACGACAAUUGGGCUCGAUUAGGAAACACGGGAUGGAGCUAUGAGGAAGUGCUCCCAUAUUUUCUCAAGUCCGAAGACAAUCGUAAUCCAUAUUUAGCAAGAACCCCUUAUCACGAAACAGGAGGUUAUCUGACGGUGCAGGAGCCAUCCUGGAAAACUCCUCUGGCAAUCGCUUUUUUGCAGGCUGGUCAAGAGAUGGGCUACGAAAAUCGCGAUAUAAAUGGAUUCAAUCAAAGCGGCUUUAUGUUGAUGCAAGCGACGAUUCGACGUGGUAGUCGAUGUUCGACAGCAAAGGCUUUCCUACGACCGGUGAAGAAUAGACCAAACUUGCACAUAGCGAUGCACGCUCAGGUACUAAAAGUGCUCUUCAAUGCUGACAAAAGAGCAACGGGCGUAGAAUUUCUUCGCGAUGGCAAACGACAGAUCGUAAGAUGCAGAAGAGAAGUUAUCUUAUCCGCCGGCGCAAUUAAUUCUCCUCAGUUGCUUAUGCUAUCCGGAAUCGGUCCUAGUGAACAUUUGAACGAGUUCAGUAUACCAGUGAUAUCCGAUUUACGAGUUGGAGAUAACCUUCAGGAUCAUGUGGGCCUUGGCGGGCUAACUUUUUUAGUGAACGAGUCAAUCACCUUGAUAAAGGAGCGAUUUCAAACCGUCUCGGUGAUGUACGAGUACGUCAUGAAGGAGCGAGGGCCUCUAACUACACCGGGAGUAGAGGCAUUGGCUUUUCUCAAUACCAAAUAUGCUGAUAAAUUCGGCGAUUAUCCGGAUAUGCAGUUUCAUUUUGCGCCAAGUUCCAUCAACUCCGAUGGCGAACAAAUAAAAAAGAUUCUCGGCCUCAGAGAUCGUGUGUAUAACAUUAUGUACAAGCCCUUGCACAAUGUCGAGACCUGGUCGAUUCUGCCACUUUUGCUACGCCCUAAGAGCACAGGUUGGAUAAGAUUAAAAAGUAGAAACCCUUUGGUUCAACCGGAUAUCAAUCCCAACUACUUCACGCAUAAGGAGGACAUGGACGUUCUUGUAGAAGGGAUUAGGUUGGCGAUGAGGGUAUCCAAUACAAGCGCGUUUCAGCGAUUUGGCUCGAGACCUCACACGAUUCGUAUGCCGGGCUGUCACAAAUAUUCUUUCGAUACAUACGAAUAUUGGGAGUGCGCCAUACGGCACUUUACAUUUACAAUUUACCAUCCAACAAGUACCUGCAAAAUGGGUCCACGAAGUGAUUCCAAGGCAGUCGUGGACCCACGAUUAAGAGUUUACGGAGUGAAAGGACUUAGAGUCGCUGACGCUUCUAUAAUGCCAACUAUUGUCAGCGGCAAUCCAAACGCGCCGACCAUCAUGAUCGGCGAGAAAGCCAGUGACAUUAUUAAGGAAGAUUGGCGGAUAAUUGGAAAACAAAGUGUUGCAAGACAUAGAGGAUGAAUGAAAUCGCGAUUUUUGGAUUGUAUAUCCUAUAUUGUCAUAUAGGAUAUGACCGAAAAUUCAAAUAUAUCAUACAAGAAAUGAUAUUAAAAUUUCUUUUACUUUCUUUUUAUAACAUUCUUAUAAUACCGAUUUUUUUAUACAUUUUAUUGCUACUAAAUCGUAAACGUGAGUUAUAGGCAAUUUUCAUCUUCUGUUUUAUGAUAAGAAUUCGGUGAGAAACCUGCCAAGAUUCGCUUAAUAUUCUAAAUAGGAUCCAAUUAGAAAGAUACAUUUAUAAAACAAGUUAAUGUACUAAGAUCUGAGAUUAAUCCUUAUGGGAUAUUAUAUGAUGUGAAAGAUUUUCUUAUUAUACAUAUUUUAAAUGUAAAGAGGGAGAGAAAGAGGGAAAGAAAGAGAGAGAGAGAGAGAGAGAGAGAGAGAGAGAGAGAGAGAGAGAACGUGACAAAACAAGAGAACUUUGUGCAUGUUGAGAAAAUGUUUAUAUUAUGUACAUAUAUUAAGAUGAAACAUCGAGUGUUUCAGAGUCAAUAAACUAGAAAUUUUAAUGACCAUAGUAUGGCAGUGCCAUUCUAUGUAAAAUAUUCUAUGUAUUCUAUGUAAAAAAUAUUGACUAAUUUAUUUUAUUAAACGUUAAUUAAUUAUA